AUGCCCCCCACACACUAUGACCUGCUCGAGAUCCAACAAGAUGCGUCUUCUUCAGAAAUACGGAAAGCCUAUCUCAAAGCCGUCCUUUGCUCGCAUCCGGAUAAAUGCCCAGAGGAGGGGAGAGAAGCAGCAACAGACUUGUUUCGUAAAGUGCAGGAGGCGUAUGAAACGCUGUUGGAUCCAGAAGCUAGGUCUGAAUACAACAACAGCCUAGUAAUCAACCAUGGGCCACCUUCGGACCCAUUGACGGAGCCUCGAGGACCUCCUGGCACCUACACCACCCAGUCCCUGUUCUCCGAGCGGCCUGUCUACCCCCCUCAUCACAUGUACACGUCGGCCUCGUUUACUACGCCUGGGCCGCGCAUUCCAGUCUACACCUGGCAUGUUUACUCUCGUCGUCCGCCUUGGCUACCAGUGAGUUCAUGGUCGGUGGAAUAA